UUAGAUGGACAACAUGAACUAUGUGAAAUAUGUGAAGUUUAGCUGCAUUACUGAGGGACUGUGCAGUUCUUACCGUACCUCAUUCAGCCUGGGUAAGUGUAUCUGAGCAAUAUAUAUAUAAGUAUUUGUGAAAUAAUAUUAAGAAGAAGGUGUGUGUGUGUGUGUGUGUGUGUGUGUGUGUGUGUGUAGUCUAUAUUUUUAUCCAUUCAGAGAGAAAACCUGCAUUUGUAAAUGAGAUAGAAUACAUACAGAUCACAGUAAAGUCCUUCUUUAUUACAUAUAUUCUUAUUUAUAUUGUGAAAUCAAUUUACAGGUAAAUGAUCAAUAAAGAAUACUAACAAAAUUCAUCAUUCAAUAAACUGAACUUUCUUAUAUUCAAAUUAGACUUCAGAUAAUAUAACAAAUAAAACGGAAGCAGGAAACAAAACAAAAAAACAUAACAUAGUACAUUUUUGAUAUAAUCCUUUUACAAAUGCUUAUGUAAUGCCCCUUGAAGAAAUCAUACAAUGUUUUAAAUCACUUUUUAAAUUAUAACUAGCAUUAAAAUUAUUUACAAAGUGUUACAUUUGACUCAUCAUUGCAGACUUUUUUUCUCUUUCAGCCAAAACCUGAAAGUGCUGCUAACUCGGUGUCCCUGCUUAAUAUAUUGAAUUGAUGUUAGCUACGUACGCGUGUAAUGUUCGCUAAGUGAAACGGACACUGAUAGAUUUAUACAUAUCGAAGUUUUUUUAAUGCCUUUUUGUGCAGGUUACAUUGCCUUUGGUUUGAUCCAGGUAUUUUAUCAGACUAAAGCCUGCUUGGAUGGAGACACAGCUAACACUACACACUCUUUUACAGCAUCAAAGGGUUAAUGGAAAACCAGACCACGUUGCAGUAUCGUGCAUCAGGUGUCUGGUCUCAGGUGAUGGGAUUCUGUGAUGUUGCAACUGAAUGUGUGGCUGGUCUACGGCAUGCUAACCGUCACCGUAAAAGAACAAAAAUUUCUCUAUAUACCACAUGGAUCCUGGCUUCUUUGGUUCUUCCUGGUAAACCUCAGCACCCCGUAUAUGGUCCAGGCGAGCAUAUUCAGGGUUGGAGUGUUAGGCCCAUGGUCUUGUGACUCCAUGUUUGCCAAGGCCAUGCCUGGCGUCGCAGCUAAACUAGCUGUGCAGAGGAUCAACAGAGAUCAGGCCCUGUCUCUGGGUAUCACAUUUGACUACGUCAUCCUGGAAGAAGAUUGUCAGACAUCGAUAGCCCUGAAAGACUUCAUGGGUUACUACACACGAGCCUCAGCAUUCUUAGGGCCCAUAAACCCUGGAUACUGUGAGGCAGCGUCUCUGGUUGCCAGGAACUGGAACAAGGCACUUUUCUCCUGGUCCUGCGUGAACUAUGAGCUAGAGAGCUCAUCACGUCACCCGACGUUCUCUCGCACCAUACCCUCUCCCAUUUGGGUGCUGAAGACUGUGGCACACCAUUUCCACUGGGCAAACAUAGCCAUCGUAGCCUCAGCUGAAUACAUGUGGGUGGACACGUCCUACAAGGUAGCUGAUGCCUUAAGGAGAUAUGGCUUCCCUGUCAGGACGCUGCUGUCCACUAGCAGUGACCCUGCCAGUAUACGCAGCUCCCUCUCCACCAUCAGGAAGAUGAAGGAGCUUCGCAUGGUGAUCCUCUGCAUGCAUUCUGUCCUGAUCGGUGGGAAAACCCAGAAGCUGCUGCUGGAGACAGCUCUGGACAUGCACUUGACCGAUGGCUCGGUGGUCUUCGUGCCCUAUGACACACUGCUCUACAGCCUGCCAUACAAGCAGGUGACUCAUCCCGCACUGCACAACAACAGCAAGCUAAGACUGGCCUACGACGCUGUGCUGACUAUUACAAUGGACUCAGAGGAGAAUUCUUUCUACAAGGCCUACCAGGAUGCCAUCAGGUCUAAAGAGGUGCCUGCAAACAUUAAACCUCAUGAGGUGUCUCCUCUCUUUGGCACCAUUUACACUUCCAUCAUCUUCAUGGCCAAUGCUCUACAGAACGUUCGUGAGUCUGCAUCCUGGUUUUCGGGGGCAAAUCUAGCUCGUCACACUGGGAAUAUGGUGUUCCAGGGUUUCAGUCAGAGGAUUCGCACCAACGGUUCUGGAGUGAGUCUUCUGGAUUAUGUGGUGCUGGAUACAGAUGGUGUUUCCUGGGAAAUGCAUCCCACUCACACUGUAGACGUACAGGCUAAUGUCAUUCGCUACCUCGGUAGAUCUAUACACUUCCCUGGUGGUGUUCAGCCCAAAGCUGACUCCAGAUGUUGGUUCACACCUGGAGGACCUCUUUGUACCAGAGGAGUGGACCCGCUGAUAAUGUUCGAGGUGUUCAUCUCAGCACUUCUCUACUUAUUUAUUUUACUCAUCCUUCCUGCUGAUUUCAAACGCAGACGUCGCCUCAAUCAAAUUAGAAUGGUUCGAGGUCCCAAUAAGAUCCUCCUCACUCUGGACGAUGUGACCUUCAUCAAUCCCUCUCUCAGUAACAAGAAAGUGAGUAUAGAAGAAGGUACAGGAGACACAGAGAGAUGUUCGUCAGAAAUGGACAGCAAAAUGAAUUCACGCAUCUCCAUCUCCAACACUGCGGAGCCCAGCUAUGAAAACUCCAACGUGGCAAUAUUGGAGGGGGAUUGGGCUUGGCUGAAGCGGCUACCUUCCGGACACUUUAGGUCAAUAAAUCCAAAGACUAGUGACGUCUUUGAACUGAUGAGAGAUAUCCGUCAUGAGAACCUGAAUCUAUUCUUGGGGUUCUUUCAUGACUGUGGUAUCUUUGCCAUCGUAACUGAGUUCUGCCCUCGUGGAAGUUUAGAGGACUUGCUUCACAAUGAAGAUGUUAAACUGGACUGGAUGUUCAAGUCUUCACUGCUACUGGACCUUAUCAAGGGCAUGAAGUAUCUUCAUCACAGGGGUGUGUGUCACGGCCGACUCAAGUCUCGUAACUGUGUUGUGGACGGACGAUUUGUACUGAAAGUAACUGACUACGGUUACAAUGAAGUUCUCCAUGCCCAAAAGUUCCCCUACACAGAACCUAAAGCAGAAGAUCUGCUGUGGACUGCUCCUGAACACUUGCGUACUCCGCACCCUGGACAGUUUGGUACUUAUGAGGGUGACGUCUACAGCUUCUCCAUCAUCGUACAGGAGGUGGUGCUGAGAGGGCCUCCAUUCUUUAUGCUCCAAAUGUCUGCUGAGGAAAUCAUCCAGAAGAUUAAGAAACCCCCUCCGCUGUGCAGGCCAGUGGUUUCUCCUGACUACGCUCCUAUGGAAUGCAUUCAGCUCAUCAAGCAGUGCUGGAACGAACAGCCAGAUCGACGACCUGCCUUUGAUGAGAUCUUCGAACAGUUUAGGAACAUUAACAAGGGGAAGAAGACGAACAUCAUAGACUCCAUGUUGCGAAUGUUGGAGCAGUACUCUUCCAACCUUGAGGAGCUCAUACGUGAGAGGACAGAAGAGCUGGAGAUUGAAAAGCAGAAAACAGAAAAACUGCUCACGCAGAUGCUCCCCCCAUCUGUAGCUGAGGCUCUCAAAGUCGGCGGCACUGUGGAACCCGAGUACUUCGAUAACGUGACGUUGUACUUCAGCGAUAUUGUGGGCUUCACCACCAUCUCUGCCAACAGUGAGCCCAUUGAAGUGGUUGACCUGCUCAAUGAUCUAUACACCUUAUUUGAUGCGAUUAUUGGAAACCAUGAUGUCUACAAGGUGGAAACAAUCGGAGAUGCGUACAUGGUGGCGUCUGGAGUUCCUGUUCCCAACGGCGAUCGACACGCCGCCGAGAUCACGAACAUGGCACUGGACAUCCUCAGUGCUAUAGGCACCUUUAAGAUGAGACACAUGCCAGACGUUCCAGUACGCAUUCGAAUCGGACUGCACACGGGUCCGUGUGUGGCUGGAGUUGUCGGUCUCACCAUGCCUCGAUAUUGUCUGUUUGGGAACACAGUGAACACUGCCUCGAGAAUGGAGUCCACUGGCAUGCCGUACCGCAUCCAUGUCAGUCACACUACUGUUAAGAUCCUUCUUGAGCUCAAGGAAGGAUACCGGGUCCAGAUUCGUGGAAGAACCGAACUAAAGGGCAAAGGGAUGGAGGAAACCUACUGGCUUGUGGGUAAAGAUGGAUUCACUAAACCGCUACCUGUGCCCCCUGAGCUCAAGUCAGGACAAAUGGCCCAUGGCUUGCAGAUGGAGGAAAUCGCCCGAUUCAAACGGAAAAAAGCCGAGGCCCAGUCAGAGAUGGCGCGCGACUUCAAGCAGCUGCUGCAGAAAGCAGUAAGGAGGAUUUUGGUUGUGAGGCACGUGGCCCAGCUGUCCAAUGUGGACUUCACUGAGGAAAAUGUUAUGAUCCACCAUCAUUAACAGCUCUAUUGCGAUGGACAUUGAGAGAACUGGCCCACAAAAGCAAUAUCUGUGACUCAGUAAAGUUGAC